GAUCUCACCCUUCUAUUCAAAUCUGUCAUCUCCCCAAUCAUCACCCUUCAGACCGACACCAAGUCUUCCAAUCAAGUCGGGAACAGACAACUUGAUCAAGAUGAGAACAUGAAAUGAGUCGGGAUGGUCUGAGUUGGCAAAUGGAGUCCGAGUGAGGGCAUCAUCUCCAUGUCGCUUGGUAUCUUUCCCUCAUAUUUUAUCGCCAUACCUUUGUGUAUAAUAAAAUGGGACAAACGUCCACAAACAUCCUCAGAGGUCGAACCUCAACUCGGCCGAGUUUUGAUGGAUGAAUAAAUGUAUAGGAAUGAUUCGAAAAUCUUUCAAAGUAAUCACCGUCCAAGUCCCACCUCGCACCAAAUUCCCACCGACUCAGAACGACAAUUUCCCAUUGCUCAAUCAACUCUCAAAGUCCAAUUCCAAUUCCACUUUACCGACUCGAACGACUAUUUUCCCUUGCUCAUCAACAAAGUCCAAUUCCAAUUCCACUUUACCGACUCUCACUAAGACUCGCCCUCAAACUUCAAAUCCAAAAACCAACGACAACUCCCCCGUCAAACCACGUAAAACUUUCGUAUCAUCCCUGUCGCCUUAAUUGCAUCUGGUGUCGUUGAAAAAUCCAGAUCCCCUCUUGAACAUUCAACAUCGACCCUUGACUUCCUACUGACACCCGAUUCGAAACGAAGAAAGAUUUUUACAUAGACAUGUCAAGGUACAGAAGCUCGAAUAGAUCCGUCUCGCUGUAUCAGGCAUCAUCUCUCGCUGUAUCAGGCAUUAUCAACAUAUCUCACCGGUCGAAAGGGGCGCCCACGUCAAAGUGCCGCUACGAGUUGGACCGUGUUGAGCGUGUCAUCUGUCUGAAUUUCCUUUUCUUGCUGAACACUCCACUCUCGGCCUGUUGCUUCACCCCUCACCCCUCUCGGAUUCUCAAAUGCCUCUCUCGUCUCGCCGACACUUGUUCUGAAAGGCCGGCACGUAAGUGUCCUUCGUCUGCUCUGACGCUCAUCAUCAGGCAAAGGUAAAGAGCCGGUACUCGUAUGGUGAUCCCAAUCCUAAGUGGUCCAUCAUGAUCUCACCACUUUUUCUUUUUCCUUACCCUCAUCUCCCAUCUCUUCCUUUCCUUUUCCCUUUGCACUCGCGUCACUCUCUCAAUUCCAUCACUCGUCCUCUGUCCCGACUCCUGGUCCCGCUCGCGACCUGACAUCGGGAUCUCUCUUCACAAAGCGGCAUCUCGAGCCAUAGCCAUGGGCAGCGGAUAUCGCCUCGAUCGCGACCGACGGACUACAGCUCAAUGUCGACGCCUAUCUUGUCCGUAGGGUCCGGGAGACCAGGUAGGGUCGCGAGACCGAGACCGAGACGGUGGCCGAUGGACGAGUCCCAUAGUAGUGACG